AUGGCUCAAGAAGUUGGCAGUUCGUCUUGUAAUCGGAAGGUUGCCAGUUCGAGCCUCGGCUCCAACAGUCUCCGUCGUUGUGUCCUUGGUAAGCCUGCAGUGCGAGAGCGAAGUAUUUCUUUUCUCAUCAUGAACACAUCAAACAUCACUGACGUGACAACAGAAGACCGGGUUUAUGCUGGGAUCUUUAGCUUAAUUAUGGUGAUAGGUCUGCCUCUCAAUGCGAUCUCACUGUGGAUUCUUCUUCGCCGGCACAGCCUCAAAUCACCCAACGCUGUUUUCAUGGUUAACCUGGCACUCUCAGACCUGCUGCUGGUCUUCACUUUGCCCAUGAGGAUCCACUUUCACGCCACAGGGAAAUGGACACUGUCCAAUGGGGUGUGCCUCAUCAUCACAAUGUUCUUUCGCACCAACAUCCGCUCCAGCUCCUCCUUCAUCACCUUCAUAAGCGUGGACCGACUGCUGGCUGUGGUUUAUCCUCUGAGGUCUCGCACUCUUCGGACCGCGUGCAAUGCCUGGAAGGCUUCUGCACUUGUCUGGGUGAUUUUGCUGGUGAUGAAUAUCCUAGAUAGUGUGGACUUUCUAAAUCAGUUGAAUAACCACACUCACCCUACUUGUUUUGAGUCUUACGAAUCUGAGAAAUGUCCUUUGAAAGGAAUCCGAUUAAGAGUUAUUCAGUUUAUGAUUGUAAUAUUGGUCACAAUGCUGUUAGUCAAUAUUGUGUGCACCAUUAUGGUGUUUAGGACUCUACACAGACAUCUCAGAGGUGACUCUCCAAAAAUCAACAACAAGAUGAAUGUAAUGCUGAUUUUUGCCAUAAACUUGAUUUUAUAUGCUAUAUUCUUACCUGUGCCUAUAACUAUGGCAAGAGAUUGUGCCCAUGUCAAGCCAUUGAUAUGUCUUACUGUUUUAAACUGCUGUCUGGAUCCUCUGUUGUAUUACUUCUCUUUUGAUGCUUUCUGGAAGAAAAAAGAAGAUGUUGUGUAAAUG